UUCCCUCUUUGACAAGGCUUACAGUUUCCGUUCCACAUGAGGAACAAUCUCUAAUUUUCGGCGGCGGAACUUGGCCUAUUUCCAUUAACAACGAAAGGAAACUUGUGGUGGUGGCUAACGCUAACGUGAGCAUUUUCCCUGCGAUCCCUUUAUCCACCCACAAAGCCCUCCCUCCCUCGCUUUUCUUUUCACUAUAACUCUAUAAUCUCUCUCUCCCAUAACUUGUAAUUUGUGUUGGUGUAAUCUAUAUUGGGUGAGAUUGGUUUGAAAGGGCGAGCGAUUGAUCGGAGAAAAUAGUUGGAGGGAGCGCGGAUGUGCACCCCAGAGGUGCGCCAUGGCGUUCUCUGCCGCUCUUCGCCCCAGUCUUCCCACCGCCUUUUGUCACCUUCGCUCCAAGUUAUGUUCCUUGAGACUCAACAAGAAGCAGGAGAAACUAACUUUUAUGAAAACGUCAAAAAGACGUGGCUGCUCCUUGAGGGUCAUCAGUUCAGUCUUAAAUAACAGGAAGUUGAGCAUUAAUGAUAAUGGGGCGAGUGAACCUGCAAAGGUUCUUCUUCAGAGAUUGUUUGCACAGACACAGAAAUUGGAAGAACAGAUGAGCGGAGAUUCUCAUCUCUCUGAAGAUUUUCAGCUGGUGCUUAACCUUGAGAUCCUGGAGUCUGAUCUUCAGGCUGCAUUGGCAGCCUUGAAGAAAAAGGAAGAAGAUCUACAGGAUGCUGAAAGGAUAGUCUUGUUGGAGCAUAGUGACUUAAACCGUGCAAAGGAGGAGUUGAAGCGACGUGAAGAAGAAAUUGGUGCUGCUAGCUGUAAGCAUGAACAAUUAGUAGAAGAGCUGAAGCAAGCUAAUCUUAGUUUAGCUUCUCAAGUCAGACAGAUAGAAGAUCUAAAGCUUCAACUCAAGGAGAGAGACGAGGAGAAUGCAGCUACCCUAUCUGCACUGUCUUUAAAAGAAGAUGAAAUGAAUAAAAUGAGAAAUGAACUGGUGAAGAAGAGUGAAGAAGCUGCCAAGACUGAUUCUGACCUUAAAUCUAAAGCUCAGCUCUUAAAUGAGGCCAAUGAAAUCAUGCGAAAACAAGACGAUGAGCUUCGAGGACUCCGGAAAGCUUUCCAGGAGAAAGAAGAAGAACUUGAAGUUUCUAUGACCCUGAGGAAACUUGAAGAGGAGAAGUUGAACGUCGCAGAGGCCAAUUUAGAGAAGCGGACAAUGGAAUGGUUAUUAGCACAGGAAGAACUGAAGAAGCUGGCGGAAGAAGCAUCCCAACAUGCAAGGGAAACAAAUGAAACUCUUGAGGAUUUCAUAAGAGUAAAAAAGCUUCUUGCUGACGUGAGGUCUGAGUUGGUUUCUUCUCAGAAAUCUCUGGUAUCCUCUCGACAGAAAAUGGAAGAACAGGAGGUGCAGGUGGAAAAGCAACUAACAGAACUUGAAGAACUGAAGAAAAGUGUUAUGUCUUACAUGGCGAGUUUGAAGGAUGCCCAAAUAGAAGUAGAGACUGAGAGAGUGAAGCUUAGGGUUGCAGAGGCUCGAAAUAAGGAGCUUGAACGGGACUUAUCCAUGGAGAAAGAGCUAAUGGAGGAGUUGCAGGAGGAGUUGAAGAAAGAGAAAUCUUCUCUGCAGCAGGCAGUCCAGGAGAUGUCGUUUCUUCAGAAAGAGCUUGAGCAAAAAAACAAAGAAUUUGAAGAGAUGCAUAAUAUUCUUCAGGUUAAAGAGUCAGAGUCAGUGGACGCUAAGCUAGAAAUCCAGCAUUUGAAAUCUGAGCAGGCUGCACUCCAGCUUAUCUUGGAGGAGAAAGACUUGGAACUCUUAAAUGCGAGGACAAAGUUGGAGGAGCUAAACGAGGAAAUCGGAGAGUUAAAGAUGCUUAUGAACAGUAGAGAGGAUCAGCUUAUCCAGGCCACAACUUUGCUCAAGGAGAAAGACGAACAUGUUCAGAUGAUGCAAGAUGAGUUAAAUGAUGCAAAGCUGAAAUCCUCUGAAGCUGAAACUGUGGCUGAACGGAUUGUAGAGCUCACAAAUAAACUGGUCGUCUCCAUCAAGGUUGAAAACUCUAACGCAAUGGGAGCAUUUGAUGACAUGGGCCACACUUCACUCGAGCUACUAUUGGAGAAACCUAAGGAUGAGUUUAGCAUGCAGAAAAGACAACUUGAGACUGAGCUCAAGUUGACCAUAGAAAGCUUAAGAAUGAAAGAAAUGGAAUUACUAGCUGUAGAGAGGGCUCUAACAGUCAAAGACGAGGAGCUCAGAACUGUUCAUGGGAGAUUAGAUGGGAAGGAGAAAGAACUAAAAAAGAUGAAGGAAGAAAUGAAAGAAGAAGCUAAUGAUCUAAGGAAGCUUUACGCUUUGGCACAAGAGAGGAUAGGUGAUAGAAGCAUUGGGGACUUGGCAAUUGAGAAGCUUCAACUUGAGGCAGCUCAACUGGAAGUUGAAGCUGCAACUAGUGCCCUCCACAAACUCGCCGGCAUGAGUCGAGAACUUUUAAAUAAAGCUAGCCUCCUUAGCCUUGAUGCUGAUAGUGAUGGAAGUGUCUUCCCUCAAAAUGGCUCUGAUACUAUAAUAGGUGUGGCUGAUCAUAGUGAAUGUUCAGCGGAGCUUGUUAAAUCGGAAGUUGCACGGCUUUCUGCUUUGACGGAGCAGCUUGUGCGAGGGGCUGGUAUUGUUGUUUGUGCGGAUUAGUAAACUAUGAAGCUUGUGGCCAGAUAGUGUAAAUGGAUAUCUUACAGCUUUGACUUCUGUGUGAGCUAAAAGUCAUUAUCGAUCCGCUCCACUGUUUUAACCUUCUUGACAUCCAAUUUCCACAUGUGAAGAAGGCUUUGUUUCUUUGUUGUAUGCUAACUAAAAUUUUGUUCUUUUAGAUCUUUUGAUAAUGAAUCCGGGGUUGAAGCCAUUAUCAUGUGAAUGAUACCUCUUUUGAGCUCCCAGCA